CAUCAGAGAGUGGAGUGGAAACAGGAAGAGGAGGAAAGGGGGAAGAAAGGAGACAGAGGAGAGGAUCGGGAGAGACAAGGUGGUGUGGAGUGAAAGGGAGGAAAAGGGGAAAAGGGGAGCAGAGGGGCGUGUGGUCCAAAGAGCAGAGACAAAUAAGCCAGCGGGAGAGAGCAUGUCUAUUUAAAGGGAUCUGAGCCUGCACAGGUCUGCUGUCUUGCUAUCCCUGACUGACAGCAUCAUUGAAUUUGGACCAGAAAGCCUGCCCCCCUUUUUUCUCUCAACAUUCAUUUUAAGGUGUGAAGUGGAGGGCCUCCCCAAUACAGACCAAGACUGGCUGCAUGUAUCACCCAGCAGAGCUGUACUCAGGCCGUAACACAUGGGACUCCCAUCCAGCUGGAGGACCUAACAGAGGAAAGUGGGCUCCGGUAAACAGUCGCCCCUGGAGCCACACACAAAGAUGCCAAGGGGGGCGCAACCAGUCACAUCACCCACCAUCGAGUCGUCUUUAUGACAGGGAGGACAGACCAGUCAGCCAUGUCCAGGACAAGGGUCUCUCGAAGGGGCACAGACAGUCUGUACAUCUCUGGGAUGGUAAAGAGCAGCCAUUUGAAACCCAGAACUGGCAUCACAACUCCACACGCUCAUUCCAAAAUCGAGCUGGCAGCAGCAGUGGUUAUCUAACAGGACCAGGAGAGCGCUACGCAAACUGGGACAACAAUGUCAACAACUCUGUGCAUGGAGGUCCUCGGGCUCAUCGCAGCAGAGAACUCCAAUCCCUACCGGAGAGAUGGGCCCCAUCCGACUGUCGAAGGAGCUUCCCAGGUAGAAUGAUAGACAACAGACCAGGGCCUUGGAAACGACCAGCCCCCUACCAGCGGAGAGACCAGUUGCACCAGCACAGUCCACCUCUACAACACCCUUUAUCCCCUAGAGAAGAGUGUCCAGUCAAGAGGAGAAGGGACUCUGAUCAGUCAUCUCAUCCUGGAUCAAGACAUUUACCUUUACUUGCCCAUCCUCCAUCACCUCCUCGCCACCACCGUACCAACCAAGAUGACUGGAAGCCUCUUAAUGACAGGGCAGGUCCUUGCCAACACUCUGACUACAGGACCUCAUCUACACAGCAACAGGAAACCUCUAAACUACGUGCUGGAGGACACAGCUUCUCUAAUAGCAACCCUACAGCUCUGAACCAGAACUGUGGCAGCAGACCACCCCAUCACGGAAGCAGAGGGAAGGUUGACCGGAAGAUCCCCUCUUCACCAGCAGAUCACACCCGUGUGCCUUACAGCCACCAAAACCAUCAUUACCACCAUCAGCGGCACACUGGCCACCCCAGGGCCCUUCAGCACAACCCCUCGUCACACUCUCCAGAUGAAAAAGACUCCCGGAGUCAUCACCACAAACAAAGCACAGAACCUCAGCGCAAUCAUCAAAGAGGAAAUCCAGCUCCCUCUAAGACCUCUGCUGCAGUUUCUCCUCCCUAUUCAUCCCUCCACUACAGUCCUCAAGACGGCACUUCCACUGCCAGCAGUCCAUCUGUUCCUUCUAGUCCCCCUUCACAUAGCAGUAAAAAAGAUUCACCAGUCAUUUACCUGAGCAGUCCAGGCCAAAGUGGACACCAGAAACUCCAGGGAAGUCCCAAUCACACCCCAAGAUCUAGUCCGACAUCUAGCACAGCUCUUGCCUCUUAUGCAGGCCCCAAAUGCAGGUUUUCAGAUGUCAAAUACAGAAAAACCACUCAGCCUCUCUCCUCUCAACAAUCGACCCACAGAUCAAGAGAAAACAAGCCUGAGAAGGAGCUGGAAGAACAUAGAAAAACUGAGUGCAAGCAAAAAGAAAAGCCUGUCAAAAAGGAGAGAAAGGGUGAAGUACAAAAGACAAACAGAAAAGGUGAGGAAAGAAAAAGGAGGAAGAAAAAAGAAGAAAAAAUAGUGGGUGAGAGAAAAAAGAAAAGGGAUAAAGGAUUAAAGAAGGAGUGUAAGUUACAUUCAAACAGUAAAGUCACGGAAAAGGAAGUGGUAGCUUCUGUCUCCAGACUCAGUUCUUCAGGAGAGGCCAAAAUGAAUAAAUCAGAGACAGUAAAUGUGAUGCCGGAGAAUCACACCCAGCCUCCAACCAGCCUACCAAAACACAAGCACAGGGAGAGAAGAGACCGAGCUGAGAAGACACCACGCAGAACCUCCAUAAAUGCUCAAAGUGCUUCAGAGAUUCACCCUCCGUCGGGUAAAACUAGAUACACCUCACCAAAGCCAUCCUCUAAAACUGACGAUCACAAAAUCCUCAAAAAGAAUGGCAACCCAGCAAAACUCCAUGUCAAGAAAAAAGUAAAGCCACAUUUCCCCUCAAACAGCAACCCCAACAAAACCAGUGGGAAGCCCACUGUUUUUUCAUCUCCAUCAGACGACGAGCCAAAGGCGAAUUCUGAUGAAACACUCCCUUCACUUUUGUAUAAAGCCUUAGCACCACUAAGUACAGCGUGCUCACUUAGCUUAGAGCUGCCUGUACAUGGCAAAGAAAGUGGGCACGGAGGGGUUCUCAGCGCCCCAGAUCUACAGCCCGUGGCAGUGAUGGGAAGUUUGAGAGAUGCGGGGGACAAUCCUGCAAACAGCCCACCUGUCCUCAGCUGGCAGGGCUCUCCGGUGUCAGUUGAAGAUGAGGAUGAGCUCGAGAAAGGAGUGCUAAGUAGACCAGUCCUGCAGCCCAGCCCUACCCAGUGCUUUUCUCCUUCUCCCGGAGACAGUGAAAUUGUCGAUGAAAUCAUUAAAGAACCCUGUGAGGAAAGACUGGUUGAUUUAUGCAGCACAAGCGUGUCUGAUCGUCCCUGUCCAGCUACAGCUGAUGAGGAAGAAAAGGAAGAAGAAGAAGCAGACAGCAGGAACGACACAUCAGUUUUGCCCAGUCAUGAGAUUCAGCAUCAUAAAACAGGCAUGGAUGACGUCUUCAAGAGCUUGGCCACCUUCCUCGGAGGCCAGAGAAUCACGUGUCGGGGCGGUCCAUUCGGCAGACCUCCUGCCAUCGACACCAAAGGGGUCAAAUACUCCUCGUCUCUCGCACUGGAACCAGAGAUCCACUGUCUUGACCAUCAGGAUCCCUCUCCCCAAACACAUCCCACUCCACCCCUUACACCCAGUACCCAGUUAUCAACUCAUACUACCUCAGACACUGUUUUGAAAUCUCCAAAUUUCACAGAUCUGAGUCAGCCUUUCACUGACACCCUGAUGCAGAAUAAGCAGAAAGAGAAGGAGAAAGGCAUAAAAUUGGAACAAGAGGUUAAAGACAUACAGACUAGUGACUCUGAGAGAAUAGAGUCCUCUCUUUUGGAUGAAUCUCUGAGCGCUGAGCUGAGAUUGACCACCACACAUACAGCCGCAUUGGAAAGCCUCCUAUCUGUCCCUACCAAGACCGAAAUAGCAAACAGUGAAGAGUUAGGAUGCCCUGGCACAGAAAGAAAAAGGAAAUGUAAUGUUGAGGAUGGAAAACAAGAAGAAGUCAAGGCUAAGAGAAAGAAGGAAGAAGAAAGCAAAGUUGUCUGCCAUAAAAACAAAGCAAAUGAAAUUAGGGAUUUGGAAGAAAAACAUGAAUGUAAAACCUCUGUUUCAUUCUCAGUACCAGUCAUCUGCAGAAACCUGCUCAAAGAAAGUAUGAAGGGCCAGAUUCCUCAGGAAAAUCAAACUUCAAAUGGGAAAGAUACCCAGGCUGAAAAGGUACCCGCUGGUAACACUGAAGUAAAAGUAGAAACAGUGAAAAAGGAACACGAAAGUGAGUCUGAGAUUAAGAAAUCCCCGGCAGCUGGAAACAAGACCUCGAACUCAAGGUCAUCUAUAACAAUCAACACAUCUAAAUUAUGUGUAUCUCCACCAGCAAGUAAAGCCCCCUGCUCAUUACCUCCAAUGGACCCUCUGAAACUGAAAGCACUGUCCAUGGGCCUGUCUAAGGAGCUGAAGAUCCUCUUGAUUAAAGUGCAGAGUGAUGGACGACAAACGUUCAACAUAUCAGAAGUGCAGGAGCAAAGAAUCCCACUGUCCGUGAUCAACAUUCAAAACUCAUCCACGGAAGUGAUCAGAGCUUGCAAGGGAACUCGGGUGAAAGGGAAAUUCAAGGAGUCUUACCUGCUCCCUGCAUUUUCUGUCAAACCCAAUAUUGGAAUGAAGACCCCCAUUCCUCGGGAAAAACUUAACCCUCCAACACCAAGUAUUUAUUUAGAGAGCAAGAGAGAUGCCUUCUCUCCGGUUCUACUUCAGUUCUGCACUGAUCCCAAGAAUGCUGUUACUGUCAUCAGAGGCCUUGCUGGCUCCCUCCGCCUUAAUCUUGGUCUGUUCUCCACCAAAUCCCUGGUGGAGGCUAAUGCAGACCAUGCAGUGGAAGUGAGGACUCAGGUUCAACAGCCUGCUGAUGAGAACUGGGAUCCCAGCGGCUCCUCGCAGACGUGGCCCUGUGAAAGCAGCCGUUCACACACCACCAUUGCCAAAUACGCUCAAUACCAAGCCUCCAGUUUCCAGGAGAGCCUGCAGGAUGAGAAGGAGAGCGAGAAUGAAGAGGAAGGAGAGCAAGACAAGCCCUCAGAAACAUCAGCCACCGCAAAAGCUGGUCCAACCAAAGCCAACUCAGCCUCUGUCUCCAGUAAAGGCCAUCCUACUCAUGUCACCAACUCCCUCAGCUCAGACCAGAAAAUUGUAGGAAAGAUAAUUAAAUUCGGGACCAACAUUGACCUCUCUGAUCCUAAAAGAUGGAAACCCCAACUGCAGGAACUGCUGAAGCUGCCAGCUUUUAUGCGAGUGGAAUCCAGCAACAACAUGCUCAGUCACGUUGGCCACACCAUCUUGGGCAUGAACACCGUCCAGCUCUACAUGAAGGUGCCAGGCAGCCGAACACCAGGUCAUCAAGAAAACAACAAUUUCUGUUCAGUUAACAUCAACAUUGGGCCUGGUGACUGUGAGUGGUUUGCUGUCCAUGAAAAUUACUGGGAGGACAUCAACAAAUUCUGUGAGAAGCACGGUGUGGACUACCUGACAGGGUCCUGGUGGCCUGUCCUUGAAGACCUCUAUAGCUCCAAUAUUCCUGUUUACCGCUUCAUACAGAGGCCGGGUGACCUGGUGUGGAUUAAUGCAGGGACUGUACACUGGGUUCAGGCAGUGGGCUGGUGCAACAACAUCGCCUGGAAUGUGGGACCACUCAACUCAUACCAAUACCAACUCGCUCUCGAGCGCUUUGAGUGGAACGAGGUGAAGAAGGUUAAGUCAAUUGUCCCCAUGAUCCAUGUUUCCUGGAAUGUGGCUCGUACCAUCAAAAUCACCGACCGGGAUACAUUCAAGUUGAUUAAACACUGCCUCAUGCAGUCCAUCAAGCACAUCCAGAUUCUCAGAGACCAGCUGGUGGCUGCAGGGAAGAAGAUCUGUUACCAGAGUCGUGUGAAGGACGAGCCGGCUUAUUACUGCAAUGAGUGUGAUGUGGAGGUGUUUGACCUGCUGUUUGUGACCAGUGAAAACAGCAGUAAGAAGACCUAUGUGGUGCACUGUGAGGACUGCGCCCGAGCUAAGAACCCGACUCUGGCAGGAGUCGUGGUGCUGGAACAGUAUCGGAUAGAGGAGCUCAUGAGAACUUACGACAGCUUCACACUGGCGCCAUCACUUUCAAAGUGAGAACUCCUCCCUGGUGUCUUUCAGCCAUAACCAAAACUCUAAUGGCAGCACAAAUGUUGUCCUCAAGGCAAUCUAUUCCUGCAAACGGUUUCUAAAUCAGCCAAUCACGUUUACUCGGUAUUGUUUACAUCACACAAAUAAGAUAUGGAUACUCAGCCAAUCCAACAAUAGCUCACUGUCUUCCCCAACUGCUGAUUGGACUUUGUGUUUUGAAAUAGAAUGACUAGACUGGUAUAUUCUCAUGAAAAACAUUUCACAAAAAAGAAAAAAAAAAAAAAGUGAACUCUGCUAGCACUGAAAAUCAGGUUAUAUGUUUUCAACGGACACUGCUGUGAUUCAAAAGCGUCAAGUAGCCGGUUUUUGUGUAUUAAUUCAGGUACUUUUAUGCAAAUUCAGUAGAACUUUUUUACACCAAUCUAGUUAUUCUAUAUGUCCAUGAAUUUGCUGUGAUUCUAUUGUACCAGCAGGGGAAUCGCUUCAAAGGAGAAGUAGCUGAUUGUCACAUUUGGCAUUGUAUUGGUUCCUGUUUUUGUUUGGUAUUCAGGUAAAACUCUGACAUUUGUAAUUCCUGUCUGUAUACUCUUUGAGGUGCUAUUCCAAUCUUAUUUAUUCUGCUUAGAUACUUAAAAAGUUUAACCAGCCUAGAAGUACACCACAUUGGCCUUGUGAACUGUAUUUAGAGGAGAGGUAAUUAGAGGAUCAAACACGAACGAAUAAGGUUUUAUGUAACUGUAAAAACAAAUCAAAAAAUUUUAACAGUUUCUCUAAAAUACGGGUUUGCUAGAGGACUAAUAUGGUUUCAUUCUUAGUUGGAAAUUCAGUAUAUAAAUGGAAAACUAGAUUUUUUUCUUAAAAUGAACUAAAAUGUGGUUGGUGUAGUUUCUUUAAUACACCCAGAAAAAAAAAGUGUCAGUUUUUAUUUUUGGAAUGGGAGUAUUUUCCCAAUUUUAUACCUCUUUUGUUGCUAUGUUCUUGUUUCUAGAUGACAGAGAAAAUAAAUAAUUGUAAAUUGUGAAUUAAUUUAUAGGAUACACACUGGUGUGCAUGGAGAGGGUACAGAAGGGGGAAUCUUCGAUGACUGGGUUGAUGCGGUGCUCAUUUAGGUCUGAUUAAGUAAUAAUGUCCAAAGAGACAAACAAUCAUAUAAUGCCAUCGAGAGCAAACAAAUGAGCAGACUGCAGGGCACCUCAAUGUCUAAUUGUUUUCUCCCAAAGUCAGUUCUGUGCACUGCCCCAAAUUUUAACAUAUUUUUACAUAUUUUACUUCAGUGCGUGACUCAAAACAUCACAAGUAAAGCCCAGUAAAUUUGUUUUCUCAUUUAUGAAAGCAGCUUUUUUAAAGAUAUUUAAACCCAGAAGCCAACAUUUUUAUCUUUUUUUAUUUCACUGUGUUAAUUUACUGUGAUCCGAACGGAGUACUGAACACAUUCAUCUACUGUUGUUUAGCAGUUUGUUUGUUUUUUUUUUAUUAUACAUAUAUAUAUAUAUAUAUAUCAUGUAAUGUUUUUAUCUAUACUUUGAAUUCUACAUUUUUUACCUCUUAUGUAGCACACAGUGCAAGGGCAGCAAACAUUACACUGAUUCAAACUACACUCAGAAGAUGUAAUUAUUCCAUAUUUAUAGGUUCAUGUGUGUAUAACUGUUCGAAUGAAAUCCCUAAAUCUCAAUUCAGAUCUUCCCCCUGCCACCGUUACUCGGUGCACACCAUGUAAUGUACAUAAUGUAUUUGUUUCAGGUUUACUAGAAGAACCUAUGUAGUUUUGUUCUCAAUCAAAAGUCUAAUUUAUACAUGGUCAAAUUAGUACACCUCAGUCAUUUGCUUUUCUUGUUGCUAUGAUAUAAUACACCCUAAAAUAUCCUGUUUCACUCGAGUUUAAAUUACCGCAAUGGGAAUUUCUUCCCACUUUUAUACCUCUUUUUGUUGUCAAUUCCUGUUUUUUGGAUUACAGAGAAAAUGAGAAAUUGUAAAUUGUGACAUUAUUUAUACUGUACAUGGUUGUUUUCUUAUAUAUUUAUUGCAUAUCAAAGGUACUUCACUUGAUAAUGGGGCUACAAGGUAUUUUAAAAAUGUGCUCUGGUCAUAAAGUGUGGAUAGGGGAAGUGCAAUCAGGGGGUGGUUUAAUUUUCAUGGUGCUAGACCCCUCCUUGCCUCAGUGCCCCUCAUUAAACAGCAUAUAAUGAUGUAUGGAAAGAAGUGAUACAACUCAAACCAACCGGUUGGUGCUUAGAACCAUUUCAAUACAGUUUACUAGUUACAGAAAUGGAAUGAUGUCUUUGUACUGUAUCAAACAGAUGAGAUGAUUUUUCAACUUUUUUCCAUUGUAUGAUAUUCAUAAAGUUGUGAGGCAUUAGUGGUUUCAUGAUGAACAUUAGCAGUAGUUGUAAUUCUUGACACUUUUGCAGAGACUUUUAGGGAUGUGACUUGUAAUGGCGUCAAGGUUUUGUUUCUUUUCGUGUCUCGUCCUCAUUAGUAUUAUUUGACUGAUGUAAUAAUGCUCUUUUUCCUCUUUACUUGUUUGAUUCAUGCUGCACUUAUUGUUUCAAAAAGAACUCACAUAGAAGAAAACCUGAGCCAGACCUGUCUUAAAUCCCUCUGUGAUUUUUCUGUGACAUAUUGUACUGUUGUUCAAGAAAAUAAAAUGUUUUGAUAAAUUAUGCC